UAGGGGACCAUUUGCACAACACCUGUGUACGAUAUGAAUUCAGAAAUGGAAAUGUACUAUGCUACGAAUAAACUUUUUUUAUUGCGAAUCGGUGGAUGGCCGUAUCAGCGGAAAAUAUUGAAAGUCUUAAUACCGUGUUUUUUUAUAAUGGUGCACUAUUCUACCGUCGCAACUCAGGUAAUAUGUGAUAUUGAUUACGCAAGUAAUCGUACAAGUGUAUCAAGAAAUAAUCAAUUGAUACUUCUAUUAUAUAACACUUGGGGUGAUGUGGACAUUGCCAUUGAAUGUAUAAUUACCCUGACUUGUCUUUUUGUUGCUAGCGCAAAGUUCAUUAAUAUUGUUGUAAAUAAUGACAAAUUCCGACGGAUAUUGCAACUCAUGAACGAACACUGGAAAGUUUUUAAUAGCGAAUUCGAGCGUCAUAUCUUGAGAUAUUAUGCUAAUAUUGGUAAAAAAACAACUAACUAUUUUGCAGCAUAUUUUAUGAUUGUCAUAAUGUUUUAUUUAACAAUUCCAUUAUUACCAAAAAUUUUGGAUAUCCUAAUUCCGUUGAACGAGUCGCGGCCAUUGGCAUACAUAUAUCAAGCCGAAUACAGAGUGGACAAAGAGAAGUAUUAUUAUCCAAUUUUGUUACAUUGUUCCGUAACGAGUAUAAUUACAGUAACAAUUUUGUUCACCGUCGAUACGACAUAUAUAAUAUGUGUGUUGCAUGCUUGCAGUUUAUUUACAGCUGUCAGCCAGCGACUUGAAAAUAUGACUGGCGAGAUAGACAUUAAAUCAGAUGACGACGAAGAAAAUUACACAGAGAUGCAUUAUCAAUUAUUCGCGGAGAAAUAUCGUUCUACUGGCAAUGAUUACCGUGAAUUGAUAACGUGUUUGAAAAAACAUCAACUUGCAUUAGAACACGUCCAGAUACUGAACUCUACGUUCAAUCAAGUGACAUUUAUUGUUUUAUGUCUGAAUAUGCUGAUUUUGAGUGUAAUCGGAAUACAACUUAUUAAUAACUUGGAAAAGACUGAAGAAGUAAUAAGAUAUGUUUUUGUAAGUUGCGCUGUAUUUACUCAUCUCAUAUGUAUGUGCAUUCCCGGACAAUUAUUGAUAGACCGAAGUACAGAAGUUUUCGACAAAGCGUAUGGUUCAGCAUGGCAUACAUUUUCCAUAAAAACUAGAAGAUUAUUAAGAAUACUUCUUUACAGAAGUCUCGUUCCGUCUACGCUCACGGCUGGGCAGAUGUUUGUUAUGUCUAUGACAAUGUGCAGUUCCGUAACACAAAGUGCUAUGUCGUAUUUUACAGCUUUUUUAUCCAUUAGAUAAGGAUGCACAAUUAUAUUACUUUAUAUAUAUCGCCACAAAAUUGCAAUAUCUAGAAAAGCAAUUAACAUUCCGUAUGUUUUAUAAAAGGCGAUUGUAAUCAUUGUGAAAAAAAAUCAUUGUAAUAAAAUAUCUUACAUGAAAAAUAUAUGUACGUAUUAAACCUAUUUUCGAUGGUCUUGUAAAGCAAGAAUUCUUUCUAACAUAAAAAUUAUAGAAAAUUUUUAAUGCAUAUAGAUAUUAUAGAUAUAUUAAUUUAUGCACACAUAUAUUCCGUUUUCCUUUCGUAGAAGAUUCUUUACUUGAAAACGUAUUUUAAACUUUUUUCACAUAAUUAAAAAUUACGCGUAACAAGUUAUUAUAGAUUUUUAGAGAAAAACGUUAAUCGAUUUGUAUUUCUUAAAUUAAUGAUGUAUUGCAAUCUACUGUUCAUAUAUUUACUAAUGCUGUAUUACCGUAAUAUAGUUGUAUACUCAAGCGGAAUAAAAAAUAAUCAUGAUAUCAAAACGACUUUAAAAUGGAUAUUAGAAGUAAUUUUUGAUCGAUCAUGAUUGAUUUUAAUAUCGAUUUAAAGUUAUAGACUUGUCAUUAAAACACACAUUUAAAAUUCUACCUUUGCUUCUUA